GGAAAAAUUUUUAUUUUGGUAUCUGUGUGAUGUUAUUUUGUCAUAAAUGAGUGUGUUCAUUUUAUUUUUUAAUUCAUUGAAUCAGAUUUUUUCACAAAUAAAUGCGAUGCAGUUCAUUCAUCUACACACCUAGUGUCCGUGUUGAAGAAUUUACUUUUGGGUAAACUGAACAAUGUUCUUUAAUUUUCGGGUAGUUGUUUGUUUUAAGUGUUUGAGCAAAACAACGUUAACCUUGUACGAUAUUAAGUCAGCAUUUAUUAGUGCUCCUUAACGCCACACAUUAAAAUUACAACAGGACCGUAGAGAAUCGUGACGAACAAAGGAGGUGGAGUUUUUGUGACGUGUCCGUCGUCUGUCACCCGGUUCUGUUUCAUGGUUUUCUAAACGACUGCACGUGCGUGUGCGACUACUGCCCCUCGCAGGUCCGGUGUGAACUGUGUGGCCGAGUAUCUGUGCGUUGCAACCGAUUGGCGAGAUGACUGCCGAAUGGCUUCACCUGCCCCCGCCAUACCCCCCUGGCGUGGGGCCGUUGUGUGGUGCAGAGCUGGAGGCGUGGUAUGAGGACUUGCAGGAUAUUCUGGGCUCCGACACGGGAGGGGCAAAACUGGCACGUGCCCCCACAUGCACCGAGAGGGAGCCGGAGUUUAUGGAUGUUUUGGAGAGUUGCUCUCUGACGUGGCUGACGGACGGAACCCAGACGUGGGGUGAUGGUGUCCAGAGGGCAGCAGAGGAGGUCCACACCACCCACCCUCUGCAUCACACGUCGUCGUCGUCCUCCUCCUCCUGCAUGAGUCCAGCUGUUGCAGAAGAGCUGCGGGGAGACGCUGAAAGUGGGAGAAGCGGAGUCGGAGCAGCAGGAGGAGGAGGAGGCGGCAGCGACCUGCUGCCUCCGGAGUUCUUUGAGCUGCUGAGUGAAGGAGGAGUGGGGAUGGUGGAUGCCAGCGGAGUGGUGAUCAGUGGUGGCUACUACUACCACCACAACCACCACCAUCAGCACCAGCAGGCUCACAAUCCCCAUCCUGCAUCUCCUUCAGCCAGUGAAGAAGAACUGCCCUGUGUCCCCGAUUCUCCGUCCUGCUCAUCUUCAGCCUCCCAGUCACCAUCUCAGAAUUGCUCCUCGCCCUCCUCGUCCGUAUCGUCCCCCUCCGCUUACCUGUCCUCUCGCCUGGGAAAACGCAAGAGGACCAGCAGCGAGAGGGACAACAGUGCCUUGUCCUCUUUCCAUCCUUCCACACAGCGCACCCCCCCGUCCUACUCCUCUGCCAAAAAGAGUCGAAAAGAAAGAGAGCAAGAGAACGAAAGGAAGGUGCAGGAGCUGACGGAACAGAAUGAGCGUUUGAAAGCAGAGAUUGAAAGGUUGGGAGAAGAAGUACAGAGGACACGAAGAGCCUUGAUAGAAAGACUAGUCAAUACCAGGAAAUGAGCAAAGAUAGGAUUGGGGAAGACAGUAAAAGUUGAUAAGGCCUACAGACAUAGAAAACGCAGUGGUGGGGAAGGUGUAACACAGUGGUGAUGAAAUGCCUCCAGACAGGAAUGGAUGGGAGAAAAAAAAACCAAAGAUACAAUUUUUUUAAAGAGGGGAUCCUGGAAAAUACAUAGAGAAAGAAAGAUGUUGAGAAGGAAGUGAUGAAAGUUUUAAGGCCAAGAGAGUCAAGGCUGCAACAGCAAUGCGGCAAAUAAAGGAGGAGACAGUAUGUGUAUGCAAUGGAAAAGAAAGGACAGACGCCGUUAAGUGCAUUUCACUUAGCGGUUCUGAUAGGAUGGUCGAUUUGGAGAACGCUGACGUUUCAUCACGAGAGGGUUGAAAGUCAGAAGUGAGUGUUUGAAGAUUUGUAUGUAGGACAAGAAGGAUGUUAACACAGAGACAGAGGGCAUUUCAUUAUCACCUGUGCCCACCAUGAUGCAAUAAACUUCAAAUCUACUUUAAGGGCUGCAGCCUGGCAAGAAGAGAUUUUUUUUCCCCCCCAAAUCACGGCGGGUUCAGAAGCUCAGGAAAAGUUUGGAAGUGCCCAAUUCUGUGUAUGAGAGAAUGAUUUUUUUUUUUUUUUUUUUUUUGGGAAAAGAGAAUUCCAACCCUUUCUUACUUUUAUAUCCCACGGCUUGUGCGUUUGUAUGCUUAUCAGUGUAUUUUUAGAAAAACAAAAAACAAAUAGGACCCGGCUAUUCUUUCGAAGCUGACCUUUUCUAUUAAUAUGGGAAUUUGUGGUAGAAUCAUGUAGCUGUUCUGCCCUGAUGUAAUCCUGGUUUAUUUUUAUACUCGACUGUAAUAUACAAGUGUACUGUAAUGGCUUGUACUGUAACCCACCAGAAUUUCAGUUUUGUAGUCGGAGAAAAUGUAAACCGUAGAACAAUGUGCAUGGCUUUUAUUACAGACGACAUUAAUACCUUGAGUUAAUCCUUUUCUUGUAAUCACAAAUUUGCAAUAAAAAUUACAUUUUGUGACAUUUGUCUGAUUGAUGUUUGUUGGGAAUGUGGGUGUUAUUAUGUGACUCGGAAAUAAUAAAAUGCAACUUUUUCCCUGCAUUAACUUAAUUUAUUAUUUGAAACCAAACAUGAUACUUUUAGUGAAAGACUAAAAAAAAAAAAAAAA